AUGUAUGAAUACCACGGCAAAGGCGGUCCUCUGACCGUCGACACCACAGACGACGUCAGGAAGAUGGAAGAAAUCAUCCGUCCCGUCGCUGCCGAACUGGGACUCGACAUCAUAGAUCCCAACGGUCCCAAUAGUAUAGGGUUUGCGCCGGUGCACAACACCAUAAGGAGAGGUGUAAGAGCUUCGGCGUCAGAAUCUUUCCUGAAGCCUGUCUUGAGCCGACCUAACCUACGCAUUCUAACUGGAGCCCGAGUUGACAAAAUCCUCUUCAACCAGGACAAAAUAGCGACGGGAUUGCAAUACACUUUCAAAGGAAAGACUCACAUUGUGGACGCUCGAAAGGAAGUGAUCCUCAGCGCAGGCGCUGUUAUGACCCCAAAGCUUCUAAUUCAUUCCGGCAUUGGACCAAGAAAACAACUUGAAAAGUUGGGGAUUCCUGUAGUAGCCCUGACAGAAGGUGUCGGACAAAACCUGGACACUCACGUGCAGUUUCCAUCGUACUGGAAGAUAAAACCCGGCCUCUCGUUCACGGCAAAGGAUGUCUUGAGCCCUCAUAACAUCGUGAAUUACAUUAAGAAGCAAACAGGGUUCUAUUCCAUGCCGCCCGGACCCCAUAUGCACACUUACCUCAAUGUCGGCGGGAGCAACCCUCGUCGCCCUGACGUUGAUCUGUACAUGGGACUGCAAAUUGGCGUAGAAAUUCCAUUCUACACUCCUGAGAUUAAUUCUCAAUUUGCCGGUCCGCUUCUCAACGAGCCCGUCCUCUUCUUUAUGGUAAUGCUGUGUCGCCCCAAAACCAGAGGAUACAUAGCGAUCACAUCGAAAAACCCUUUCGACCUUCCUGUCGUCCACUACAAUGUCUACGAACAUCCCGACGACAUUAAACUGCACCUGAAAGGUGUUAAAGAAUUGAUACGCAUCAUGGACUCUGAAGCUUUGAGGAAAAUACGAAUGCCACAGCCGGAUUUGACGUUGAAGGCAUGCGCGCAUUUAGGCAACAAGACCGACGGCUACUGGGAGUGCUACGCCCGCCACAUGGCGCUGCCCAACGAGCACUUCUGCUGCACCGCAAAAAUGGCACCGCCGACCGAUCCAAUGGGCGUCGUGUCUCCCAGGCUCAGCGUGCGUGGAGUGUCAGGCCUUCGUGUCGUGGACGCCUCGGUGAUGCCGGAGGUGGUCUCCACUAACCCCAUGGGUACCGUUUACGUCAUUGCUGAAAAGGCCUCCGACAUCAUCAAGCAGGAUUGGGGAUAUUUAACAAAGGAACAAGUUUGAAAAUCCUAAACUGAAAACUUGCCCCAAGAUGAAGUUUUUUAAUUAUUAAGACAGUAUCAGAAAUUACUGCAUCCAUAUACCUUAGUCCGUGAUUAGAGGUGAUAGAAUCUAGCGGGAAUCGCAAACUGAAAACCAUGCUGCGCAUCGCUUUGUUGAUAAUAACCGAAAUAAUUUAAUUUUGUGUAAUAAAUUAGUGAUAAAGAAGACUUCUCAUUCCCAGAAUGAGGUGGUGGCAUCAACUCAAAUUCACCUGAAUGCAAUAUCUAUGGUAACACUGUAGGCAUUUAUGACCUUUCACCAUUCUGAAUUCCAGUCAUACUGACGAAGGAUUAGUAAAAGUCCAAUGCAAUUGUCACAAAAAAUUUUACUCGCCUUGAUUAACUUUAAUAAUUGACGACUCGCAAUCAUUUUAA